UGACGUGCUUGAAACAUCAGUUCAGUGCAUCACCAUUUUCAGUUUUGGAGAAAAUAUUAUGUUUCCGUUCAAUUUCAACUUUCCUAUACAGCAUGUUCACAUCAAAGCAAACAAGGGAGAUACAAGGUUCAAACUUGUUCCUGAAUGUUCAUGGUUUCUUUUUCUCGGGAAAUCAGACGAGAUUGUCCAGUUUUUAAACCUCUCAGCUUCUAAUAUACCGAGGAUUGGAAAAUAUAUAAUAAUAUUACAAGAAGAAGAAGACAGCAUUAAUUUGGUUUUGAUGGACAAAUUCUUCGACAAGAUAAAUACAGUAGUGGAAUACAAAUGGAAAAGAAGUAAACUUUACGGAGUAUAUAUCAGAAAUGGAUCUGAAGUAGAAUUCUACAAUUAUUGGAACGGGACAGGAUACCUUCUAGACAAACCUUUAGUGCCUGAUACACCUCUACACUUUGGAGGCAAAAUUAUGAGAGUAACAACAGUUAAUGUUCCUCCGUUCUCCUACAAGGACAAAACAAAUAAAUUUGCAGGAUCAGAAACUAAGUUAAUAAACGCCCUGGCUGAUAGUCUUAGAUUUACACCAAGUAUCUCAACUCCUCCAAAUGGUGAAAUGUGGGGAGAAUUAAUGGCUGAUGGUUUAACGUUUAAUGGCCUGGUUGGACAACUUCAGAAACAAGAAUCAGAUAUUGGAUAUGCAGAUCUAUUUGUAAACCUAGAUAGAAUGAAAUAUAUCAGUUACACUGAGUUUUAUGAAUUUGAGUAUGUUUGUUUUUUGUAUAAAAUACCACCACCCCCUGCACAGUGGAUAGCGAUUAUAUACCCCCUAGAUUCACUUACAUGGUUCAGUUUUAUUGUGAUGUCCCUGUGUAUGUGUUUUCUUCUGUAUUUUUUCACAAAUAUACAUCACCAGGAUCCGCCCAUAGAUCUUUUGUCAGGAUUCUUCCUGGUCUUUGAGAACAGUCUGGAGAAAUCUCAGGAUCGGUUAUUUCUGUUGAAGAGUACUGGGAGUAGAAUUCUGGUUGUAUUCUGGCUUCUCGGUCUUCUGGUCAUUGUUUGUGGAUAUAAAUCUGGAUUAACAUCGGUAAUGACAACUCAACUCAAACCAAAAAUAAUAAAUACAAUAAGGGAAGUCGCCCAGCAAUCCCUACCUGUCUCAAGCUUUGGAAAUACAUUUGUUGGACUAGCAAACCAAAGCCUGGACCCGUCUCUUCAAAAAAUAGCUGAGAAUUACAUUUCACACUACAAUUUUGAAGAAGCAUUCAAAAAUGUUUCUGAAAAUAAAGUUAUUAUGGCAGAAGGGCAGACUAAUCUUAUAUACAACAAAAGAAAAGAUUUUACUGAUAAGUUUGGAAAAUCUAGCCUUCAUAUUAUGCGAGAAUGUCUGUUCCCAUUUGCUAUUGCUCUUGGUCUUCAGAAAGAUUCUCCUUAUAAUCAACGACUCUCAACCAAAAUUCGACAGUUGAAGGAAUCUGGACUGAUUCAGUACUGGAGAAAGAUUGAAUUUGAUAAAGUUGGAAAAUCCACAAUAG